AUGGACGACGAGGACAAAGACAGCGCAGCACGUGACUCGACGCCAGCAGCGCCGCCAACACCGAUAGCAUUCAGCAACAACAUAGUCAUCUAUUUUGAGGGCUCGCAAGAAUCCAUCUCAGGAAUGUCGACUGGUAGUGGCGACGUCGUGAACGCUCUUUCCAAGCACGAUCCGACCAACUACAGUAAAGGCACGAGCAGUGAAAAGAGCGAUGGCUGGACCAAAGCAACGAGAGAAGAAAUUGCGGAGCUCCAGGACGACAACGUCUGA